AAUGAACAACUUCACGCUGUAGCCAGAUAAUAGCGAGCACGGCACGACCUUAACCUAUUUCCCGUCCGUACUGAUGUCGAUUUGAUUUGAAGGAGCGACGGAAAAUUCCCGCGAGAGAACGUGAUGUGACGCGAAAUGUAUCUGUCCAAUUGAGAGACGUUGACCCGCGUUAUGCCGCGAAGAUGUCUCUCGAUUUGUCAUCGCGUUUUGCAGUACAAACUUGAUAUCUAUUUCGAGUCAUACGCGAUGCGUUAAUCGUUUAUUUAUAAACGCCGCCGAGCCGUUUUUCCAACCGACGUGUUCACAAAGCUUUCACAUGCUCUCAUCAUAAAAUGCGUUGAUUCCGUCUUUUCGUACGCGUUCUUUCUCUCUUUUUUUUUCCCCACUUUUGUCGCGUACGAAUUAUGGACGAAGUUUGGUUUCAUCUUUCGAAUCAAUUCGAAACGUUUCAGGUUCAAGCAUUGGUAGCAGCACAGCAAGGACAACAAUGGUGUAUGACAUGGCUAGCUCAGUUGCAUCAAUUAAUCCUGCAACUGUGCGAGGAGCAACAUGUUCAACAUGUCAAAGAUGUUGUACUGCAAAUUGCUGCUUCAAUACAAAGAGGGUGGCAAGAGGUCCAGUUUCAGUAUUAUAAUACCCAAUGGAAUACAAUAAAUUUUUAUCGCCAAUUAGGAACAUCAUUUAUUAAUAAAGUUUCAAAGAGAGAAGCGAUAUUUUGCUUGACAGGCGUAAUGAUUGGAACUGUAACGGGUUAUUAUAUUGGUGCAAAUUGGAAACCUAUCUCUCGACAUGUACAUCAUAUAAAAGCUAUAACAUGCCAUCAUUAUUAUGGUAUCGAGGGUGUGUUAAUGAUAGACGAUUUCGAAAUGCCAACGAUCAAAAAAUCGAACGAAUUACUUAUACAAGUUAAAGCCGCUUCGCUUAAUGUUAUCGAUACAAAGAUAUGCUCAGGUUAUUCUAAGAUUUAUAGAAGGUUACUUAACUCAGGAAAACAGAAAGAACUACCUAUAACUUUAGGAAGGGAUUGUGCGGGAGUGAUAAUCGACAUUGGACAGAGUGUUGUUAAUUUCGAUAUCGGAGAUGAGGUAUUCCUAGCUGUUCCAUCGUGGGCUUCUGGCACAAUGGCGGAAUAUAUAAUUGUUCCAGAAACGCAAGUAGCAAGACGGCCUAAAUCGUGUAAUUUCGAAGCCUCUGCCAGUCUACCAUAUAAUGGUUGCCUGGCAUGGGAUGCUUUAGUUAAUAGAUCUGUCAUCAAGGAAGGCAAUGCCAAAGGAAACGUUCUUAUUUUCGGUGGAAACACUCCAAUUGGUUGUAUUUUGAUGCAAUUAGUUAAGUUGUGGGGCGGAUAUGUGGUGACUGCGUGUCGAACAAAUGCAGUACCCGUAAUGAAGGCAUUAGGUGCCGACGAAAUUAUAAUAAUAAAUGAAAUCGAUGUCGAGAAGGAACUACAAAUGCAUGAUAAAUACGAUGCGAUUUUUUAUACUGAUAAUCAACCUUUUCAAGAACAUAUUUUAAAGAAACACUUGUUGCCUUAUGGCUCCUAUGUAUCAACUGUACCCGAACGAUUGACAUCGGAUUCGCUGGGAUUUAUUUGUGGAAGUAUAUUUGCUGGAUGUGUUAGAAUAAAAUUAUUGGUUCAGUAUAUAUUCGGAUUUAAUAUGCACCAAUGGAAGGAGGGGGCAAAAUUGAAAGUUGCAUAUUUGCGAGCGUUAUGCGAGCUAACUGAUGCAAAUCAAUUGCAAACCGUUGUAGACAGAGUGUAUGCGCCAUACAACAUCGAACGAGCAUUGCUUCAUGUAUUAGAUGCGAAUUCUAUUGGUAGCACGAUUAUAACAUUUCAAUGACGUAUCAUCAAUAUUGAAAACAAUUUAUAUCGUGACUAUAUCUUUUGUAUAUAACUGUAUAAUUUCGGCGGAUCACUGCCGUGUAUUAUUAAUAAAUAUUUACAUCAUUGCAAACUAGUAUAAGAAAUAGUUGAAGCAUAUUUGGUGCUAAAAUAAAGACUGACAUAAU